AUGAGAAAGGUACAUGGAUCAUUAGCAAGAGCAGGAAAAGUCAAAAACCAAACGCCCAAAGUUCCCAAGGAAUCAAAAGGAAGAAGAUUAACUGGAAGAGCAAAAAAAAGACAGCUUUAUAACAGAAGAUUUUCAGAUUGUACAGGAAGAAAGAAAGGGCCUAACUCGAAAGUGUAA